GCAAUGUAGGUAUUAGAGUGCCGUGUAAAUUGAUUCCACUGGCUUGUAUGGGAGUCCCGUCUCUUAAACGUAGUGGUUACAUACUCUUUGAUUAAGAGUUGCAAAGUGUAGUGUAAAUCUGUGCCACUAGUUGUCGUUUGACUAUAAUCAUGAUUUUCAAAGUAGUGCGAAUUGAUACAGAUCAUAAUCACAAAAUAAAACUACCUGUUGGAAUAUUUACGAUUGGUCGCGGUCACUUCAAAAUUGAUGAGAUUGAUAAAAGAAUAUCACGUAACCAUGCUCAACUGGAAGUGACCGCAGAUACCCUCAGCCUUAAAUCGUUACAUCAAAAUCCAUGUUUCUAUAUUAAAGAAGGCAAACAAAUACAUAUAUUGAGACAGGAUUGUUCAGUGGAACUCACUCAUGGCAACAAGUUUGGUUUGCUACCAGAAGUUUUUUGGUAUGAAGUCCACCAGUUUCCUGAUGAUGAUUUGAUUGAAAAUAACAAGGAUGACACUGUACUAGUAUCAAACGGAGCUUGUGGAAAUAAUGAGGUCUCAACAUCAAUAAGUGACAAUGACCCACAAACCAAUGAAGUUACUUCUGUGCCACAGAAUGCAGAUAUUAAUGGAGUAUCACCGCAAGUGCCUUUAAUAGAUAGUGCAAUAACUCCAACUAAACGUAACAACAGCUCUAUGGAUACGAGUCCCGUAGAUGUUAAGAAAGUUAAAACUGAGCCAAUGGACAGUAGUAUUGUGAGAACCGAACCAAUGGAUACGAAUAAUGUUCAAGUUGAGUCCACCGCACAAAAUACGGAUAUAACGUCAGGCACUGCCACUGUUAAAGUUCAGCCUGCCGAAAGCACCACUGCCAAAGUUGAGCCCGAAGAAAGUUCCAACGUUAAAGUUGAGCCUGCAGAAAGUUCCAACGUUAAAGUGGAGCCUGACACUGGAAAUCCGUCAGCUCCGAUCGAUGUUCAACCUGGCACGUCGAAUAAUGACCAAAGUGGAGAUAAUGCUGCACCCGCCUCACCUGUAAAACCCACAGUGCGGUUAAGAGAGAGAUGUUUUUACGGAGCCAAUUGUUAUAGACGCAACCCGCAGCAUCGUGAGGACUUCUGCCACCCGAAUGACUCGGACUGGGGCGCCGGCGAGCAGGUCGCGUGUCCGUACGGUAGCGGGUGCAGGCGGCGCGACCCGCGACACUGGCAGCUGCACAGCCACCCCGCCGGCACCGCCCCACCCGCGCCGCGACACCACCCGCCAGGUAUGCGAAGAGUAGAACGUCACGGUAACAUCUACUACAUAAAUGCACACACAGUAAACUUUUACGACGACCAUUUUGAAACAGAAGAUUCAGAUGGUGACAGUGUCGAUUAUGAUUAUGAGUUUUAAACAGAUCAUGAAUUCCAAAAAUUAUAUAAAAUGUUCAUCAUGUUAAAUAUAAUAUGAACAAUGAAAAGAAAUGUACUAUUUUUAAGUCAAAUAAUUUUAACCAGGUAAACAAAGGAGAAGGAGGCAAAGGAGACAAUCUUUAAGUGAUGAAGAAGAUUCUCCUGUCAAUAAUCUCAUAGUAGUAGGAAAGAGGACUCGGAAAACUGUAAAUAGGCAACGUUGGAGUGACUCUGAGUCAAAUGAAGAGGAUCCAUAUGGAACAGACGAAUCCGAUGAGUGGCAACCACCUAGUGAUGUACCAAACAGUGGAGACUAUUCUCAAGAUUUUUAAUUAACCACUACCUCAAUAAAUGUUAUUUUUUCAAAGAAUU